AUGGCGGAAUCAUCCGAAGCCAAGACGCGGCUAGUAGACCCGAAGGACGACGUGGAUGUGAAGGAGAAGCCCAAGGCCGCAGAACCUGCGGAGCCAGCGGAGACGACAGAGCCCGUGAAAGAGGUGACCAUUUGGGGCACCUUCACAGGAGGUAUCACUUCCACGCCUGUCUUGAUCUUGGUCUUGGCCGUUGGAGCAAACGUCUACAGCCGGCGUGAUGAGUUGGAGAAAGAUGGUCAAAUUUGGUGGCUCGUUCCGAUCAUGCUGUUGCUUUCCAUGGUCUUUGGUUCCGUGCUGGUCACGAAGCUGGAGAACUCCCAGUGGCGACGGAACUUGAGAAAGGAGGUCGCAGCUGAGGAGCGCAAAUUGAUGGAGAAGAAAGGCUUGAGCAAGCAGGAACUGAAUGAGGCGGCCAUUAACAUGGGUAUGCAGCCGACAAACUUCGGUCAGGGUUAG